UCAAAAAUCGUCGCGCUCACGCAGACUACAGUUCCCACAAUGCACCGGGCCGGUCAGCGCUUUGAGUGCGUGCCCUCGUACGGGAGCAGACGCUUCACUGUGCGGUCGUGCAGCCGGCCUCGGCGUUGGUUAGAGUGUGCGUUGCAGGGUGAGUCAGGAUGGGGGACCAGCCUCUGUGGGAGCAGAUAGGAACCAGCUUCGUGCAGCACUACUACCAGAUGUUUGACCAUGACCGGACACACCUGGGAUCGAUAUACAUCGACAUGUCAUGCCUUACGUGGGAAGGACAGCAGUUUCAGGGGAAAAGAGCGAUUGUUGAUAAGCUGAAUAGUCUCCCCUUCACAAAAAUUGCGCAUAGUAUAACAGCGCAGGACCACCAGCCGACUCCAGACAGCGCCAUCUUGAGUAUGGUUAUAGGACAGCUAAAAGCAGAUGACGACCCCAUCAUGGGUUUCCAUCAGAGCUUCAUCCUGAAGAACGUUGACGACGCGUGGGUGUGCACCAAUGACAUGUUCAGGCUGGCCAUUCAUAACUUUGGCUAAGCUCCACCCACCACUCCUUCCCCGCUCCGGUGGGCAGGGGCGGCCACAUAUUUGAAGGGCAUGUAUGGAGGGAGGGCAGGGAGGAGCAGCGUGGCGUCCUCCCUCCUGCUGCCUCAUCCUCAAACACCGGACUCUCGAUGUCGAUCACUGAACCUUGUCCAGACCACGCCAGCCAGUAGAACUGCAACAUGUUACUUUGCUGCGAGCCGGCCGACCAAUCAGACGCCCCUGUCUGCCACUCCACCUGAUCUGCAUGACGCUGGGAGCCUCCCCCCCCCCCCCCCCCCCCCCCCCCCCCCCCCCCAAUUACAGUAUCUACACUCAAGCCACCAGAAAGACAAACCGCCGACUGACGCCAUUAACUCCUCUGCUGCGCUCCUUCCACUCUUUCUGUUCACCUGUUCUGUUAGCCCGGUUUGUAAAUCCAUGUUCAGGUUCAGAGUCGGCCGCUGCUUUUUCUCCUUCGGCGCCGACUCUUCGUGUUGUAAGUUGUUUUUAGACGCCGCCACUCGCGUGCUGCUUUAGCAUUGUUUAACUGAGUUUUUAUCUCUGACCUUUGACUUCGCCACAGUUCGCUCUCAUGCCGGAUUUGUCCUCGCAGACAGAAGAGUCACGGAGGACAUCAAGUUUGACUCACACUCUCUCUCUCUCUCUCUCUCUCUC